AUGACUGUCGGGCCGCCCCAGGCCCUCGGCCACGUGGUCAGAACCUCCCUGGCCCCCAACCCACGCCGAACGAACCUAGCCGUGCCCUCUGUAACCUCUCAGCCAGCGGCCCCACCCUCCAUCCAGCCAUCGAGGCUUUCUCCUCCUUACCCUCACUACAUCUACCACCAAGAACCAGUUCUCCCUCCCCCACCCCCCAACUCCCCCGCGGUUCAUCUGGACCAGGGGCCCUGCAAGGUGCUGUCCUCGCAGCUGCAGCGGAGGCAUCGUCCGGCGCUGUCCGCGGUGCUGGACCACGGCGCAGUCUCUCCGAGCACGUCUCGCGGGCCGGACGCCCGGGCGGCGCCGGCCCUGGGGCCUGGUGGAGGCCGCCGGUUCCAGGCCGCGCGGCCAGCCGUGGGACCCCGGACCCAGAAACAGCUGGAACUGAAGGUGGCGGAGCUGGUGCAGUUCCUGCUGGUGAAGGACCAGAAGAAGAUCCCGAUCAAGCGGACCGACAUCCUGAAGUACGUGAUCGGGGACUACGAGGACGUGUUCCCGGAGCUGCUGCGCCUGGCGGCCGGACGCCUGCGCGACGUGUUCGGCUACGAGCUGGUGGAGCGGGAGCUGCGCAGCAAUGCCUACAUCCUGGUCAACACGCUGGAGCCCGUGGACGAGGAUGCCGAGGUGCACGGCGACCAGGGCACGCCCGCCGCCAGCCUGCUCAUGAUCGUGCUGGGCCUCAUCUUCAUGAAGGGUAACACCAUCACCGAGACGGAGGUCUGGGACUUCCUGCGGCGCCUGGGGGUGUACCCCACCAAGUGGCACCUCAUCUUCAGGGACCCCAAGAAACUCAUCACGGAGGACUUCGUGCGGCAGCGGUACCUGGAGUACCGGCGCAUCCCCCACAGGGAUCCCGUGGAUUACGAACUGCAGUGGGGUCCCUGCACCAACCUGGAGACGAGCAAGAUGAAAGUGUUGAAGUUCGUGGCCAAAAUCCACAACCAGGACCCCAAGGACUGGCCCGUGCAGUACUGGGAGGCUUUGAUGGAUGAAGAGAACAGGGCUAGACUGCUGUCCAGCACCCCGGCCCCGCCCUCCUGA